AAUUACAUUUAUGCCAGGAAAGAGAUUUGACAGUUGAAAAAGUUCCAGACGAAAAAUUUGAUGAAAAGAAGACAGUCUGUACUCAGAAUACGUAAUUUCACACCAUUCAGCAUACAAUCUUGCACUGUAGAGAGAAAUAGGAGGAGUUUGUAAUUGUGUAACGAAGACAUGAAAAAAAAUCAAUGCCUAUGACAAUGGACUUAAUCUCUUUGAUAUUGUGUGCUGUGCUCGUUAUUUUAAUAAUUCCUGCCUUCUUAUCUACAAUAUAUCAUCAAUAUGUUCUUCGACAAAAGCUCAAGAAUAUUCCUCAAUGUGGCACAUUUCCUUUUGGCAUAGCAUUUGAAAUCUUAAAACUGACGGAUUAUGAACGCAUACAAUGGGCUGCAGAACGUAUGCUACGAUUUAAAGAAGGAAUCUUUGUAUUUUGGAUAGGCAUGAGUCCAUUUAUUAAUCUCUAUAAACCUGAAUUAUUAGAGGUUAUUCUGCAUAGCACAGUAAAUAUCGACAAAGGACAUCCAUAUAAUUUGAUGGAAUCUUGGUUAGGCAAAGGACUUCUAACUUCUACACGAAAACAAUGGUUCCAUGACAGAAAAUUGAUCGGACCAACAUUCCAUUUUAGUAUAUUAGAGCAAUUUGCUGUAGUUAUGUCCGAAAAAGCAGAAAUCUUAAUAAAAUGUCUCGAGAAGGAGAUAGCAAAGAAUCCAAAGAAGGCUAUCAAUAUUUUUCCUUUCGCUAAUAAUGUUGCUCUCGAUGUUAUAUGUGAAACGGCAAUGGGUGUGGAUGUACAUGCUCAAGAAUAUGAAACCAAGUAUACCGCAACAAUACAUAGAGGUUCUAAAUUAGUAUUAGAUCGAUUAUUUCAACCAUGGUUAUGGUCAGAUUGGUUGUAUGGCUUAGUACCUUCAGGAAAGAAAUAUAAAUCAGGACUUAAUACAAUACAUAAAUUUACAGGAGAUGUAAUACGUAAGAAAAAAAUUACACGAUUGCAAAACGAUUUUGCCAAAGCGGAAAAUAAAAAUGAUGAACUUGGUAUAGGUAAGCGGAAAAGGAAAGCUUUUCUAGAUCUAUUACUAGAUCAAAAUGAAAAGGACGAAGCUCCAUUAACCGAUGAUGAAUUGAGGGCACAAGUCGACACAUUCAUGUUCGAGGGUCACGACACAACUGCGGUUGCGAUAACCUGGACGCUCUUUCUUUUGGGCAAUAAUCUAGAGCAUCAAGAAAAAGUUCAUGAAGAACUCAAUGAAGUUUUCAAAGAUUCAGAAACACCAGCCAGUAUAAAUGAACUAUCGCAAUUAAAGUAUCUUGAUAGGAUCAUAAAGGAAACGCUCAGAAUAUUUCCAAGUGUACCCUUAGUCACAAGGAAAUUAUCGGAAGAUGUAAAAAUAGGUAAUUAUACGUUUCCAAAAGGUAUUACAGUUGUAUUGGCAAUCGCAUUAGUGCACAGAAAUCCGGAAGUUUGGCCAGAUCCAUUCAAAUUCGAUCCAGAUCGGUUUCUUCCGGAAAAUUUAAAUAGAAAUCCGUAUGCCUACAUUCCAUUCAGCGCCGGACCAAGAAACUGUAUCGGUCAGAAAUUUGCUUUACUCGAAGAGAAAACAAUAUUAACAGCUAUUCUAAGAAAAUGGAGAGUAAAAAGUGUCAAAAACCUAGAUACAAUUAAAUACGGGGCCACCCUUAUUUUCCGACCAAGUGAAGACAUAUUCAUCCAUUUCACGCCAAAGUAAUAAUCAAUAUACCAGUAAAUAUCCAUUUCUUAA